AUGCGAGAUCCUGUGGCGACUAUCCUUCUGGGAGCUACAACAAUGUUGACCAAACGAGAUGAUGGCCCUAGUACGACGGGUAUGCCUGCGAUGGAUAUGCCCACGUUGACAGACUCAGGUUCGUUCACUACACCUGUUGUUUCAGUGCCCCCAAAUAACAAUAAUCCUUUUAUAAUUAGGCAAAACAAUCCAUCAGGUACGGUGUUUAUAGCGGUAGGAGCUAUUGUUGGGCUGAUCUUACUUGGAUUCAUACUUUACCAUUUGAUUCUUUCCUUGAGUGCAUCUAGAAUGGCCAAGAGAACUAGUGCAUACGAUAGACAUAUGUACGAGAAGUAUCAAAAUAAUAAUAACAAUGCCUAUGGGUUUGCUAAGGUUACCCCCACUUCGACGCUUAGUAAUUUUGUCAAUGAAUAUUCAAACAAUCAUCAUCAAGCAGGCUCCAUUUCCAAAUUACCAUUGUUGAAUAAAUCAUUUGCCUACCAAGGUGUCGGUGGUGGUUCGCAGGCAGGCGAUAAUUCUACCAUUUACCAGUCAGAAAUCGCUGCCCCAACCUCAAAACACGAUUUAACCAAAAUGUUCAUUUCCCCAACAGCCGAGGUUAUGCAACAAAAGAGAUUCAAAGCGCCAUACAAUCAGUCGUUAACAAACUUGGCAUUUGGCGGAUCAACGUCUAAUUUGUCGAAUCCGUCACCUGCUUCGAACCGACACUCUCAACUAGUGCCAAGUUUGUAUAUAGAUAACGAGAUGAACAACAGCGACUACUCGCUCGCUCAAAGUCAGUUUCCGCACCAGCAAGGAGCUCUUGACCAAAACGAUAUAAGACCUAGACCUCCCGUGCCAUCAAUGUACCUUGAAGACUUGAUCGACAAAAAAUAA